CCUGCCGCGUGCACGAGCAGUGAGUCCGGUAAAGCUGCUGCCUGUCACCAUAGCGACGAGACCCCGGAAAUACACCCUAACCUGCCUGGUGAUCAGCUUACUGCAUGUUUAUCUGCCGCUUUGUUUAUCAAAGAGGAACGAACUCAUACCCGCCGAGUUUGUUUGUUUGUUUACUUGUUCGCGGGUUGAGCCAAUAAACAUGUCGGAGCCUGAGGAGGAGCUGCAGGGAGAGCAGAGAGACAGCACGAAGAAGAAGAAGAAGAAGAAAGACAAGCGAAGCGGGAGGAAGAAGAAGAAGCAGGAGAAGCGAGAGGAAGAGGAGCAGCAGCAGGUGGAGGAGGAGGAGGAGGAGAGUGAGUGUGUUCUGCUGCGUGGGAUCUUCAAACUGGGGAAGAAGAGUCACGACGUCCUGCUCACCCGAACCCGACUAACUUGGACCCCCAUCACUCCGGAGACCCCCACAGGUAUGAACCAUGAGUCCAAUAAAUCACCAUCAUUAGGAAUGAUCUCCACGGCAACUCGCACCACGGCUACUGUCAGUCCCCUCAGCCCACUAACCAAUGGGAACGCAGUUGCCCAAUCUGCAAACUCCGGAUUCGCUGCUGCUCUGCGUAAACUGGCCAAACAGGCCGAGGAUCCCAGAGGGUUCAGCAUUCGUCCCAGGUAUCUAAAGGUGUUCAUCAACCCCAGCAGCCACAAGAAGGAGGCCGUUCACAUUUACAGAGAACAUGUGGCUCCGCUCUUCAAGAUGGCUGACAUCCGCACUGACAUCACAGUGACAGAGAGGAAGGGUCAUGCUCUCUCAGUGAUGAAGGAAUGCAAGCUGGAUGAAUAUGAUGGGGUGGUGUGUGUCGGUGGGGACGGUUCAGUGGCGGAGCUGUGUCAUGCUAUGGUCCUCAGAGCUCAGCUGGAUGCAGAUUCUCCAAAGAAACCAGUGAAACCAGUGCUGCCCCUGGGAAUCAUUCCUGGUGGUUCUACAGACGUUGUUUCCUGUUCUGUUCAUGGAGUCAGAGAUCCAGUCACUGCAGCCCUGCACAUUGUCCUUGGUCACCUGCAGCAGGUGGACAUGUGCAGCUUCUCGUCUCUCGGUCAGUUGGUUCGUUUCGGGUUCUCCGCCAUGUUUGGCUUUGGUGGCCAGAGCUUAGCCCGGGCGGAGAAGAAAAGGUGGAUGCCAUCGUCACGGCGACGAGAGUACGCCUUGGUGAAGACACUGGCCAGGCUGAGACCAGAAGACUGUCAGCUGUCUUUUCUACCAGCGAAGAAGUCAAACACUAAUAUGUUUCAAAAUCAAGACCAGGACCAGGACCAAGACCCAGAGUCAGAAGGGGAGGAGUCCUGGACGACCAAUCAGGGCCUGUAUCUGAGCAUCAGCAUCAUGUCCAUCCCCUGUCUCAGUCCACACACACCUAACGGACUGGCUCCCAACACCAGUUUGGCAAAUGGCAGCGCAGCAUUGAUUGCUGUUGGAAACACUUCCAGGUCAGAGUUCAUCAAACACCUGAAGAGAUACAGCAGCUCUAGUGGACAGUUCGGCUUCUCCUUUGUGGAGACGCACGCCGUAUCAGCCGUGAGGAUCCGUCCCCGGUCGCUGAUUGGCUGGUCCGAGGAGGAGAGCGAGGAAGAGGGUGACUCCAAAACCUCUCCCAUCAUCCAAUCAGAGGGAGCCGCCUUCCCCUGGAACAUCGAUGGAGAGCUGGUGGAGAUCGCUAACGAAGUGCUCGUCCGGGUCCACCCGCAGCUCAUCACUCUGUACGGGGAGGAGGUGGACGAGGCUGAGUCGACCGUCUCCUGUAGCUGCCUCUGAGUCCAGCGGAGGGCGCUGCUGCGUCUGUGUGUUGGGACCAAGACAAGUUGCCAUAGUAACCACAAUGACUCAACAGUGCCCUCUCUAGGUCAUGAAAUAAUGUAGACGUUUCAUUCUAAGUAGCAAAAACACGUAAAAGUAGCAACCGAGCUUUGCAGCUUCCUGUUUAUGAUGUACGUUAAAGCUACAUUAAUUGAUAAAUGUUUUGGCCGUGUGAUUGAUUACUGCAGCUUUAAUAACCCAUAUGGUAGCUUGUAAGCUUCCUUUAACUCCAAACUACCUGUGCUUUAUGAUAUAAAUGUAUAAUGAUAAAAAUGAAUGUUUUAUAUUCAAAUUAAUGUUUACAAUUUACUAUAUUUUAAUCGCCAGCUCUUCUCAGAUGACAUGACUUAAUCUAAUUUGUGUUGCCUAUUUUUAUUACAAUUUUCAUUUUGUUUGUUUUGUCUCUGGUUCUGUGGCUGAGAGCAAAGAUUCAUCUGUAUUUAGUCUGUGAUUUCAAAGUAAAUACAUGAGAUUAAAAAAAGUAAAUUGAAUCCAACACUGUGAGGAAAAGGAGAACAAACGUAGUGAAGUUUCUUUUCUACUGUUAUAUUAUACUUUCUACUGAUUAUUGUUUGGAGAAGAGCAGUUUUUAACACAAGCAGAACCAGACUGGAUGAGCCCAAUGUGUCCAAAGACUGUAAAAGUUUUAUAUUUAAAUAUAACAGAGCUUUACUUAAUGGCUGUUUUCAUUUAGAAGCUCUUUCAGCUUUUUUAUUAAGCUAAUGCAGAUUUUUAGAGUGACGCUGUGAUCUCGAUGAGAAAAAAACAAGUGCAAGUUGUUGUUAAAAUAGAAAAUACGUCAUUUUAAUGGAAAUGUGUUGAUAAAAGCAGUGAGACACUCCAGUGCAGAACAACUUCACAUGAACAACAACAAUAACAAACUAAUUUAAUAAAAUAUUAAACAUG